UGGCAUUUUUGCCCUAGUAGGUUGGUCUCUUGAACAACUUUACUGAUCAUAUCUGUUGUAAAGAAGGUAUUAAAACAAUCCAAUUCACUAACAUCAGCAUUCAAUAAGACUUGAGGUCCGUUACUUUCGGGAAACUGUCGAACAUUAACAUCUUGAUUGGCCUCGCUCAAUAUGAUUUUAUUCGUGUCAGUAUCAUCAUUUACUUCCUCCUGAUCCUGCAAGAUUUCAUCAGCAAUGUCCUCUUCCUCCUCGCUAACCAACGGUACAUCUAUAUCGGACACAUUUCCGUUAUCCUCACCUUCAAUGCUUUCGUCGUCUGAUGUAUUUUGAAGUGCUGGUUCAGACACAAUUUGCUCCCAAACAUAUCAUACACUCGGCCUGCUGGAGGCCGCCAUAUUUGUUAUUGUCGUCUGUUAUUACAUGUGAGAAUCUCAUGAAUAUUCAUUGCGUAAGUGUAUAAUUACCGCCCAUUUCCUACGAUAAGCACUGGCACUUGUCUCGUUUAUUGAUUUUUAAAUGUCACAACAUUUAUUUAUACGUUAAAUUUUAACAUUAACGUUUUCAAGACAAAAUACAUGACAAGCGUAGGAAAGCGUAGUUGCGGGGGAAGACUGUAUAAUGGUUGUAACAGCAUUUCAAAGUUCCAGUGACGUUAUGCUUGAGGAAAAUGGAGGAAAAGACACACAACUUCUAUCAUAUUUGAUUGAGCUGUGCUUGGUAAAACUAGGAGGUGUUCCAAAUGUGGUGACCGAUUUCAGAGCCCCGAAGGAAAUUUUUGAAAAAGUUUUUCCGUGUCAAGGUGAAUUUGAAGUCAAACAAGUUGGAAGCAUAGUGGAUCUGUUAUAUUUACCUAAAUUAUUGAAUAAUGAUUUCUUGUUCGGCUACAACACGGACUUUGACACAUUGUUCAUUCCAAAAUCGGUUUUUAUCUCUAAUGAAGAAUCUAAUGAUCCUGCCGAGAUUGCUGUGAUGGAACCAACGGAUUACGGGACCUACGUCAAACUCAAAUAUAACGUAAAUUGCCAAUUUGAAUUACCAUCUGAAAUGUUAGCAAAACAAGAUGACCUCAAAGCCUCUUCAGCUAAGUACGUUUCCAGUCGUCAGAUUUUAGAGCACGUACUCCGCCAUAUGGACAAAAACAAAGUAGAUAUAGUAGGACCCUCCCUUCAAACACAGCCGCACGCUGUUAAUACUGAUUAUGCUAUUACCACUAUGGACAGGGUGUUUGCAUUUAGAAAUCCAAAAUGGCCAAACUUCGCGAAAGAGUGGAAAACAAGAAUUAGACCAAACAAUUGGCCUGACAUGUCCGUGAUAAAUGAAAUUCAGUCAUUGGGUAGUCAUGUUGUUGCUAAGGGAAAUAUUCUUAGUAAAGAAUGUGACUUAACUUGGAGAGUUUCCUUUAAUAUAGCGGAACGGUACAUGGCAGAUCUUAUGACACUACAGCAAAAAAAAUGUAUUGUUACAACUAAAACAUUAAUCAAAGAUGCCAAGAUUGAAGUCGUAUCAUCCUACCAUUUGAAAACAGUAAUGUGGUGGACGGUAGAACAAGGUGAUAUUUCCAUGUGGAACAGCAAUGAUGUUGGACGCAAUUUUCUGGCAUUUCUUGAUGAACUGCUGAAAGCACUGGAAACAGGUGUUAUCAAAAAUUACUUCAUGCCCGAUUGUAAUAUGAUACAAGGAAUCGAUAGGUCUGAAUUAGAAAAGGCCAUUCUUUUUUUCAAAGGUAUUAGUAAAAAACCAAUCAGUGCUGUAUUAAGCAGCUCAGGUUUAACCGAUUUCCCUGUUGAACUGCGUUUUCAUAACCUUAAAGAUAGUCUACUGCGUUUUAAUGGAGAUACUCAAACCAAAAGCUCCCUCCUUGGAAUCUUUGAGAACUAUUUUGUAAAAUUCGGCAUGUCUCUUCCCCGACAUCCAAAUAUGAGAGAAAAUGGGUUUCAUCUCUUGCGAAUAGCAGCAUCUCUCUGUAAUUCUCCAGAUGUAGAUAAUUUUAUAGUAGAACAUAUUUUCCACGCCAUGCGAGAGGAGCCUGAUGAUUCACAUUCCCUUCUCGCUUCUUUACUUACCAUCUUUUCGGAAAAAAGAGUAAUACAACAGUUAGAAGUAGAACAUGAAGCAAACACCAAUGCAAUGUCAGACUAUUUUAGCAAUGCUGGUUGUGCCUUUCACUUCUGGACAAAAAAACGAUUACAAACGAAGCCGAGAGCAGAUGACUUAGAAUCUGCAUAUCGAUGUUAUAGAACUGCAAUCCGUCUAAGUCCGAACAACCCAGAUUUCUAUGCUGAAUACUCCUAUUUCCUUUUAGUUGAAGACAAGGCAGAAGAAGCUUUGAAAAUCGCCGAAAAGUCCAUUCGCAAAUCGAUGGCUACCAAUGAAUAUAGUUACCGAGUUUAUUCAGAAAGAUUCAAAGAAACGUUAGAUUCCAGGUUUUGUCGCCAUGUGACAAAACAUCAUCCGAACCACGACAUUCAAGUUCCAUCGAUUGUAGUGGCCCAUUACGUUGUAGUUUUAGCAAAAGAGAGAACAGGAAAAACGGUGGAAGCCAUUUCCGGUCUAAAAAAAUUUUUUGAGGUUUGUUUAGAUGACAGAAAUCAAAAACGUUAUGAUUCUCUGACCGUUUACGGAUAUUCAUGUAUUGAGUUGGCCAUGCACGAGGAAGCAUUGAAAGCAUUUACGAUGGCACAUGAUACAAAUCUGAAUGAAGUACAGUUUCAAAACAUAGAAUUGUGUAAAGAAGCAAUUUCAGAAAUGGCACAGGGCAAGACAAUCCUUAAAUUCUUGUACAAGCGUCGUACCUUUGUUUGGGCGUCAAUAUUGUCAGUUUUUGCUAUUCUUGUGUGCGCUAAGACAAGGAAAUGAUUUUGGAAGAAUGCAAACAAAAUGUUGCCAUAGUGUUAUGGCUUUGGAUUUAAUAUAGCUCAGACUGAUUUAGCGAUCUAAAGCUGACUACUUGUUGAAUCUACAAAGUAAUAUUUUCAAAAUUAGAUGAAUAAAGUGAAAAACAUAUAUCAACAACUGGUAUUUUUAGAGUAACAAAGCUACCGUAUUCAUUCUUUGCAUUAGUUUUCGACACGUUUUAUCAUAUUUUCUCAUUUUAUUUUCGACGGAUAUUUUUUUUUAUAGUUUUUGUCCAGUAUCUUUGACGGUUUUCGUUGUAGAGUUCUAAAAUAUACUUAUUCUAAAAUUAAUUAAAGAUUUCCGUUAUCCUGAGCAGUAAUAUACAUUUGUAUCUAAUAAACAGGACCAACAUCUUAAAUUAGGCAGACCGUACGCGUACGGUCCGACCGUAUGCGUAUUUAGAAAAAGUACUCAUACUGUCCAGACCGUAUGCGUACGGUCCAAAUACUCAUAUGGUCUGGAGCAUAUAUAUUAUACAUACAUGUGAUAUCCUACACGAAACACAUUUAUUUUAUGAUUGCUGAAUAACUAAUGCAAUGAACAUCUCAAAAUUAAUUUAUUUUGAGACAGUGAUUUAAAUUUUUGGUAAUCUACAUAAAAUAAAUUUAUUUUGAGAUGCACAUAUCUUCGUUGUAAUG